UCAGUAGAUGUUGUGUUCAUCUCCUCCUCGACAGGGGGCAGUAGUCAGGCGGCAAGCAACUACCCGAGGAGGCCGGAAGUGAAGUGAAGUGACAUGUACGCGACCUUGUGCACUGCUGAGCUUCCUUAUUAUACGCUAAAUAAAAUAUAUUUGGUGCGACGGGGAAACGUGAUGUUUUAGUGCUUCCAGUGGCUCUCUGGAGACGAAUGAUGAUCUCGCUCAUCAAGGCUGCUGUGGGGAGCGGUGUCGUCGUCUGUGCUCACGGUCCGCAACGCUGUCUUGGGGGAACAUACUUAAAAGUUCUAACUGCUGGAUUGAAGACGUUUGAAAUCCCUCCUGACUACAGUGAUGUGGUGCUGCCAGAGAAACCCAAGCUGAAGUUUUUGAACAAGGUGCCCAAUUUAAAAAAAGUGAAGAAGGAGAUGAAGAAGCUGCGGGACAUUCAGGGCCCGGCACGAGCAGCCAAUACUUUUACAACUGGACAGUAUGCCAUAGUGGCCAUGGGAGGGGGCUACAUUCAUUGGGGUCACAUCGAGAUGAUGCGUCUAACUAUUAACCGCAAGAUGGAUUCCCGUACUACAUUUGCCCGCUGGCGCAUCAAUGCCCCGUACAAGCCAAUCACGCGCAAAGGCCUGGGUCAGCGUAUGGGUGGAGGCAAGGGAGCCGUCGACCACUAUGUGACUCCAGUCCGCUUCGGUCGCCUCAUUGUGGAAGUGGGAGGAAAGGUGGAGCUGGGGGAAGUGGAGCCAAUCUUGACACAAGUAGCAAAGAAGCUGCCUUUCCCCGCUAAGGUGAUGAGUAGAGAGAGCCUCGAAGCCUUCCAUCAGAAGCAAGCAGAUAUAGAGGCGAAUAACCAGAAUCCGUGGACCUUCAAGAGGAUUGCACAAGGAAACAUGCUCGGUAUCAGGAAGGUCCUCAGCCCGUUUGACCUCAUUCAUCAUGGACGCUUCACAGGCAAAUUUCACCUACCAGGGAGGGUGUGACAGACCCUCAAAACAGACAAAACAAUGAUGAUGUUAAUGUGGGACCUUCACUCCAUUUUAGAGAAUCUUGAAUGGAUUUGGCUUUUUAGAAUACAGUACAUUGGAUUGUUUUGUGUGUGUGUGUGUGUGUGUGUGUGUGUGUGUGUGUGUGUGGUGUGUGUGUGUGUGUGUGUGUGUGUCAUCUAGGUCUGACCCUGACAUUCACUCAUUGAGUUUAAAUGUUUUGUAUUCUCAAUAAAACCAGUAACUCAAAGUUGUAUAGUUUAAUGCAGUUACACAUGCUUGCAAUUAAAACACAAACAUGUUUAUACAUUA